AUGCGUGAUCCACAAGAUACAAUCAUCACUAAAACAAGUGAUAAUCCAAAAGAAUUUACUCGUGUUACAUUUACACUCGAUUUAAAACGUUUUCAAAUGGAAAAAUUCGAUAAUGAUCUUGUGGCAUUAUUUAAACGACGUGCUUAUGAUGUAGCCAUAUCAACUGAUUGUAAAAUAACACUUAGUGGCAAACAAGAUUCAGCUAAAGCACUUGCUGUAGAUAGUCUUGAUGUUAUUGGUCAUGAUCAUUAUGGUGUUUAUCCAUUGAAAGAUAAAAUGUUAAAUGUUCGAGAAACAAUAACAAAAAAAACAAUGACAGAAAAUAGUGAAGUUGCACAAUUAAUUAAAAUUCUUGAUUUAAAUUAUGGAGAAAAAUAUGCUAAUAGAAAUGGUUUAUCAAAAUCACAUUAUGAAAAAUUAAUGAUUCUGGCUGAUCCAGAUCGAGAUGGUUUGGCUAAAUCUACAGCUAAACAAGCAAAAGAAUAUUUUUCAAAUAUAGAUCGUUAUCGUAUUAUAUUUAAAUAUGAUUUAAUAAAAGAUGAUAUAGCUAUACAAUUAGCUUUUAAUAGUGCAUUAAGUGAGGAUCGAAAAGAUCUGAUUAAAUGGCAUACAGAAGAUAUUAAACAACAACGUGAACAGAAUUUACCAAUCGAUUAUUUAUAUAAAAAAAAGAUACAAAACAAAUUAAUUUAA